UGUAACUCGAUUCAGAAGAGCAAGCAUCGGCUGGAUGUUCCCUCGUUUCGCACCACAAACUUCGUAUGAUCGAAAUCGGGCAUAUGAUCGCAAACGGACGCUAGAAAACUCCUUCAACUUGGAAGAAGGCCAUAAGUAACGCGGUAUCGCAAGUAAUCGGAAAAAGAACUACAAGAACCUCCUUCCCCGAAAGUAGGGAGAGUAAGAAAUAAUUUAGAGUCUUUUUUUUUGAAUUGGCUGAGUCAACCGUGGUAAGUAAGAAAGCGCCAAGUACUUACAAGUGAGCUAGUCACACUCAGUGUUGGAAGAGAUGUUGCCAAAGGCGCGUGACCUGCAUCGCUACGACCCCAAGAAGGCAACGUCACGACUCCAAAGUAAACGGUUGCAUCUGAAAAAACUCGAGGCACGAAUUUCCGCAAGGGCUAAGGAGACAGCAUGGCGCGAAAAUCUAAGCAAACGAAAACAGCAAGAAGAGGAGGUAAUAGUCUCGAGUUCUAGAGGUCCUGACUCGUGCGCCUUGAUUUGUAAGUAUGAGUAACAUCUUAGUUUUUUUUUUAUUUUGACCCUCAUACUUAGACUUACGUUCUUAGUAUACCUACGCCGACCCAGACGUUUCGCCGCAGCUUCUGGGUAGUAGUAGAAUAAUUACAUCUCAAACCAUACUUAAAUUUCUUGACCACGACAGGACGACUCCGAUUCCGAGAGUGACAGCGAGCAGCGCAUACGACAGUAUGAAAGCGUCUUACUGGAUACGAGUUACUUCCUAGAUGACAUUGACCAAUGGGGCAGAGAGGCGUCUGACAUUGAUCGCAGCGAGGAAGAUUCGGUCGAGGAAGAGGAGGAGCCUAAGCCCUGUGGUGAGGGAAAUCAGAAUCUUCUUGGAGGUACUAGUACUAGAGGAGGAGGAGGAGGAGGUACAAAACGGAGGAAAUUCUCUACGACUUCGUCGAGCAGUGAAGUAAAGAACAAGAGGACCACGGGUGACGAGCACCAAGCGACAACAGUCAAUAAGGCUCAACUUUCAAUGGUCAUUGGGGUUGGUCACUGAGAUCGAAGAGGCGACCCCUUCUUGAGAGAACCAUCAGGGGAAAACGAAGGGAAAGGGGAGAGCUUUGAAGGGGGUCGCUUCCGUUCAGAGUCAGUGACCAGUGAAUUCCGAGCUUUAAAAUCAAUAGUGGAAGAACGGCCUCCAGUGGGGGUACUGGUGGGACAACUAUUAAGGAUAAUACGUCAACGUCAGCGAAAUUGGGGACAUCCAAUGUCGGAGCGCGUAUCGACGAGAACAAGAAGCGAGUACAGCUAUCUGAUUAUUUCGAAGGUUGCGCCACUUUGCAUGAGCUCGUUAUAGCAGAAAUGCGCGGUUAUUGUCCUCUUGUCUGCAGCGGGUACAAAGCGUCGAUGUUCAGAAAUAAGGUUGAAGAUCAUACGUCGAAGUCGGGAGAUGAUGGGGACGAAAGUGGAGAUAGUUCAGGGGGUGAACAAGGGACAAAUGAAAAGAGCUCAAGAAGAACCUCGUCUUCUACUACCAACGAGAAUAAAGAAGUGCAGAGCCAGAAGGAGAGGAAAGAUAAACCAUCUUCUUCUAGUACGUCUUCUUCGUCUAAAUGGGUACGCGUGGAUGCAUCCCGAUGGCCUAAGGGAGUCCGAGUGACACCUCUCUGGAUGCGCAAAGAAGUGGUAGAGCCGACACUUACAAAGAUAACCGGCUAUCUGGAGGAGCGGAAGAAACGGAUUCAAGAAUUGUAGAAUAUCUAGUUACAGAUGAGAUUAUGCGGUAGAGCAAUGAUUGUGAUUUUUGUGCAUAAUUAAAGGCAUGGGCUCUACGCACGGCAAGCGUCGUUACUUUGAACUGGACUUUAUGUCAAAACAUAUCGUUUGUCGGCCGCGUUGGCCAAAGUUUUGCGUGGGCGUUUACACAGAAAUGAAAAUGUCAGAUUUUGCCACACCAUUAGUUUUUUAUAAAGAGACUCCAACUCCUAGGUCAAUUUUCCGAGAACUAACACUAGUAAGCGAGUCCCUAACUGCAGCAGAGCUUGAUCCAUUUUUACUCUCGACUUUUUGGUUCCUGCGAAAUGAGGAUGCAAUGUGGAUUUUAUUUCGAAGAAAGUGCUCAUCAUAAGAACGCAAGAACGGAGGAACACCUACGGCUCCAUCGUCACGUCUUAAAGACGCUCCUUGUUAUCCCGUGUCGAGGC